CCUUUCCCGAGGAGUUGGGUGACGCCGCAGAAAGGCUGUGGUGGGCCCUUUUCCGUCAGUCCCCGCGCCUGCGCAGUGUAUUCCUCCGCUAGGCCUGACCGCGGCCUGGGCCUUCCCGCCAUUUUGUCUGAGGGGAGCCUCGGCCUCGCGUCUGUGAGGGGAACAGCGGCGCGGCCUCCCCCCUGAUUGCGUUGGAUGGCGGCCGAGGCGAGCCCAGUCUCGGCCGGGCCUGGCGGCGACGAGGCGGCAGCAGCAGCGGCGGCUCCCCUCAGCGGCGCGUCAGCGACGCGUCGCCUAAGCGAGCUGCGGGUGAUCGACCUGCGGGCCGAGCUGAAGCGCCGGAACCUGGAUAGCGGCGGCAACAAGAGUGUCCUGCUCGAUCGCCUCCGCAAAGCCCUUGAGGAAGAAGGUGGAAAUCCUGAUGAAAUUCCAGUGGCUCCAGAGAUCACUAACAAGAGAACCCCCAAAAGAACUGUGAAAGGGCGCAAGCCUGAAGAAGAAGGGGGUGAAGAUAUUGGGUUGGAGGAGAACUCGAGAGACGGACAGGAGGAUAUUGAAGCAAGUUCGGAUAACUUGCAGGAUAUUGACAUGAUGGACAUAAGUGUGUUAGACGAAGCCGAAAUAGAUAACACCAGUGCCAUUGAUUGUGGAGACGACUACAGCACCGAGAAUGUUCUUGACUCAGACAAUAAAGACACUAUUGAUGAUGCAGAAAUGAAAGAACUUCCAGAUCAGCUGAUGGAAAACGAGGAGAACGGUGAGGAACUUGAUAACCUGCCAGAUGCUGCUUCACCUGGUUUAGCUGCAGUGAAGGACUUGGAAGAACAACAUUCAGAGCCAGAAAAUGAGAAAGUGCUCGACAUUUUGGGUGACACUUGUAAAUCUGAGCCCCUUAAAGAAGACACUUCUGAAGCGGAGCAGGUACAGGAAGCGAAUGACCCAUUGCCGGGCAAAAAGGCAGACGAAGAAGAGGAAGACGUGCUUGCCACCGCUCAGUCGGAAGAAGACCUUUUAGAUACGAACAGCCAGUCAGGCCAGGCUGUGGCCAGGAAGCAGGAAGAGGAGGAGGAGGAAGAGGAAGAGAAGCACUUAGUGGUAGCGAAAGGGGAGACGAGCGAGGAGACAGUAGAGGAAGCCAAACCGGACUGUGACUCUUUAGCGGUAGAGAGCAGGAGUGGUGGAGGUGGUGAGAGUAGCAGAGCGGCCCAAACUCUGGAGGCCGGUAGUGAGGCAACUGCGGAGACGGACGCAGGUCCCCAGGUUGUUAGCCAAGAUGCCGCGAAGACAGAAGAGAAGGCUAAUGUUGAGGAAGACUCCUCUGCCACUAGAGAGGCCUCUGCCAAAGAGGGUGGUGAUCAGAACAUGAGCUCUGGGGAGAACAAAGAUGCAAAGCUGGCUUCAAAAGAUGAGAAAGCUCGCAGCACUACCAGUUCCGGUCGAAACUUCUGGGUGAGCGGCCUGGCUUCCACCACCCGAGCGACUGACUUGAAGAAUCUGUUUAGCAAAUAUGGAAAAGUGGUUGGCGCUAAAGUGGUGACCAACGCUCGCAGUCCGGGUGCUCGGUGUUAUGGCUUUGUGACCAUGUCCACAGCUGAAGAAGCCACGAAAUGCAUUAUCAAUUGCCACAAAACAGAGUUGCAUGGGAAAAUUAUAUCUGUUGAAAGAGCAAAAAAUGAACCUGCUGCUAAGAAGCCUUUGGACAAGAAGGAAGGCGAAGUGAAGAAUGAAGCUUCAGCUAGUGACAGGUCAGCCAGUGUAAAAAAGAAUGAGAAGGUGGACCAGAAAGAGGAUGCUAAGAAAGCAGAAGAAAAAGAUGAAAAGGGGAAAGAGGAGCCAAGAUCUGGAUCGGCAGAUCCAUCCAAAGCUCCCAAAUCAGGAGGCAAAGCAACAGAACGGACGGUGAUAAUGGAUAAAUCUAAGGGUGAACCUGUCAUUAGUGUGAAAACUACUACUGCAUCAAAAGAAAGGAUCGUCAAGAGCCAGGAUCGCAAAUCGGAGAGCAGGGAAAAGAGUAAGGAGAGGCAAGGGAUCGUGCCCUUUGACAAAAUCAAAGAGCAGAGGCGGCUGAGAGAAGCUGAACAGCACCGUAGCAACCGUGAACGUCGGGAGAGGCAGCAGCGCCUGCAAGCCAUCUGGGAGCAAGAGGAGAGGGAGCAGCUGGAGAUUGCCCGGGAGAGGCUGGAGAUCGAGCGGGCGCGCCUGGAGCGGGAGCGGAUGGAGCGGGAGCGGCUGGAGCGGGAGCGCAUGCACAUAGAGCACGAGAGGCGGCGUGAGCAGGAGCGCAUCCAGCGGGAGCGGGAAGAGCUCCGGCGCCAGCACGAGCAGCUGCGCUACGAGCAAGAGCGGCGUGUGGUGCUGCGGAGGCCGUACGAUGUGGAGGGGAGGAGGGAUGACUCCUACUGGCCAGAGUCGAAGCGGAUGGCACUGGAGGACCGUCACCGCUCAGAUUUGAACCGCCAGGAUCGGUUCCGCGACUUUGAUCACCGGGAUCGUGGUCGGUAUCAAGACCAUUCCUUAGACAGGAGAGAAGGGUCACGUGGGAUGAUGGGAGACCGGGAUGGACAGCACUACACAGAUGAACGCCAUGGAGGACCAGAUCGCCACUCGCGGGACGGUUGGAGCAGCUACGGGUCUGACAGGCGCAUGAGCGAGGGGCGGGGGAUACCCCCACAAUCUCGAGAUGGACGUGACUGGGGGGAUCACGGUAGGAAAUUCGAAGGCCAUCAAGAUCGCUCCUGGCAGAGCAACGCAGACGGAGCACUGGGGCGGGAUCACGACCGAUGGCAAGGUGGGGGAAGAGGGAGACGUGGCCAUGUAAUGCGAGGCAGAAUGUCUGGGCGGGGAGGAUUCAUGCAAAGCGGCACCCAAGGCCAGGCAUCGCAUGGGGGAGACAGCCAAGAGGAGGGCUUCUCGGGACAAGACCGUGGGAACCGGCCCAACUACCCCCGCUUCAGCCGCCGCUACUGAAUGUUUUAUCAGUUUUUUUAACUGUGUGAAGGCAAGAGAGACGGAAACAAACAUUAUUACUCAGUGUACCACUGACUGUGACUCUUAAGUUAACCUUCAUCGUUUUAAUUCAUAGAUCCGACAUGUGAAACUGUUCAGUUUUUUGUAAUGUGUUUUCAGUGUGUGCCACCCCCACACUCACCGCUCCCCCUUUAAAAGAAAAUCAAUUUCUUUUAUGAGGCAUUCCAUUUUCUAUAAAUAAUAAUAAAAGCUCCAGUUUACUAUUAACCUA